CCGUGGCCGUGCGCGUGAAGGGGAGGUCGCUCGCCGUUAUUCGCAGGCGCUGGUAGAAUGGCUGCAGCAGCGGAUUUGAAUAAAUUUUUACUGGGACACAAUGGAGUUUCAAGCCCAAGUCAGAAUAUCGGGAUGGACCCUGCACAUGCAUGUAGCAUUCUGCAGCAGCUUAAAUGUAUGUACGAUGAGCAGCAGCUGACUGACAUUGUGGUGGAGGUAGAUCAUGGAAAAACGUUUUCCUGUCACCGAAAUGUACUCGCUGCAAUUAGUCCUUAUUUUAGGUCUAUGUUCACCAGUGGCCUUACAGAGAGCACGCAGAAAAAAGUACGAAUUGUGGGAGUGGAAGAUGAUGCGAUGCGGCUGGUGUUGGACUAUGCAUAUACAUCUCGAAUAUCGUUGACGGAGGUUAAUGUACAGGCUCUUUUCACAGCUGCAAGUCUCUUCCAGAUACCAUUGUUGCAGGACCAGUGCGCCCAGUACAUGAUCAGCCGACUGGAUCCACAGAACUCCAUUGGGGUUUUCAUGUUUGCUGAUGCGUAUGGACACCAGGAAUUGAAGGAGAAAUCUCAAGAUUAUAUUAGAAAGAAAAUUUUGUGCGUUGCCAAAGAACAGGAGUUCCUCCAUUUGACUAAAGACCAGCUGACAAGCAUUCUAAAUAGUGAUGACCUAAAUGUGGAAAAGGAAGAGUGUGUUUAUGAAAGCAUAAUUCAGUGGCUUGAGCAUAACCGAGAUAAAAGGGAGCCACAUCUUGCAGACAUUUUUGCCAAAUGUAUACGUGUACCUCUGAUGGAAAAGACCUUUUUACAGAAAAUCCCUUGCACUUUUGCACAGGCUAUGGCUAGAAAUUCCUCAGAACAUGGAGACAAUGACCGGGCUGAUAGCUGUAGACCAAGACUUGGUAUGACUGCUUCACAGAUGAUUAUCUGCUUUGAAGCCGCCAACAAACACUCAGGAAAGAAACAAACUGUGCCUUGUUUAGAUACUGUUACAGGAGAAGUCUUCAAAUUAUGCAAGCCUCCUAAUGAUUUAAGGGAAGUGGGAAUCUUGGUGUCACCUGAUAAUGAUAUUUAUAUUGCAGGAGGUUACAGGCCAAGUAACAGUGAUGUAUCUAUAGAUCAUAAAGCGGAGAGUGAUUUCUGGAUGCAUGACCAUGCAGCAAACAGGUGGUUGCCCAGAGCCCCAUUACUGAGGGCACGAAUAGGGUGCAAACUAGUUUAUUGUUCCAAAAUUUAUGCAAUUGGAGGUAGGGUGUAUGAAGGUGAUGGACGGAAUGCUUUAAAAUCAGUGGAGUGCUAUGAUGCCAGGGACAAUUGCUGGAUAGCUGUCUGUCCAAUGCCUGUUGCAAUGGAGUUUCAUGCGGCUGUGGAGUAUCAGGAUAAUAUCUAUGUGCUGCAAGGUGAGUUUUUUCUGUGCUACAAUCCACACAAAGACUACUGGGGCUGUUUGACGCCAAUGAGUGUGCCUAGAACCCAGGGGCUGUCAGCUGUCUGCAAAGGUUCCAUCUACUAUGUAGCUGGAAUUUGUAAAGCGCAUCAAAGAAUGCUUACAGUGGAGACUUAUGACAUCCAACUUAAUAAAUGGGUGCAGAAGAAAGAUCUUCCUCUGGAUCAGUCCACAAACCCCUACAUUAAACUUUUUUUGCUCCUUGACAAACUGCAUCUAUUUGUGCGAGCAACACAAGUGGUAGUAGAGGAACAUGUUUUCCGUACUAGUCGUAAGAACUCUUUAUACCAAUAUGAUGAAGAAUCUGAUGAGUGGAAGAAAGUGUAUGAGUCACCAGACAAGCUAUGGGAUCUUGGCCGCCAUUUUGAAUGUGUUGUUGCCAAACUUUAUCCACAGUGUCUUCAAAAAGUGUUUUGAUUUUUCUUCCGGCAAUUUGCAUGAACUAAUGGUGUGAUAUGGGCUAACAGUAUUUUGUGUAAUCAAAAUGGCUGUUUUAAAAGCACUAAUGAAAACGGACAGGUGCUUUUGAAAGUAGCAGUGUUUUUGAACUUGUUCAGAAGUUUAGUUUUAUAAUCAAAUUUUACUAACUUUUCACUGGUGCUGGGGAAUAUAAAAGUGCAAUUACUUACAUGAAUUAUAGCUUAUUUUUAUUUUUAGCUAGCUCAUUCAGUGGCAUUUCUUGAAUUGUACAGCAGUUGUCCAUUGCCUAGCAAUCUUAAAACUAUGCAGACUAGCAGGCAAAAUUCAGCUUGGCGGUAAGAAAUUGUUUCGCCCAACAUUAUGGAUAAACUAAAGCCUUUAAUGAGACAUACGGGUAUAAAUUUGUUUUGAAGUUAAUAGCAGCUGUAUUUUUUUAAGUGUCUGUAUUUGAAAAUUGACCAUUUUACAUUUAAUGACCUGAUUCAAAUGUGAAGAUAUUUUGGUGGCUAGAUCUUAAUGGGGAAGCUGGCGAAUUAAAUGGUUUCUACAUCACCUAAAGUAACUAAAUGAAAUAUUGUACCAGGAUCAAGCCUUGCAAUAAAUACACACUGCAUAGAAUAAUAGUCAUGUAAAACUGUUUCACUUAGCCCCAUUGUUAUUAAGUCCCCUUCAUUGCUUUAAAAAACUGAGUGAAUCUUUCAGAUUUAAAUUACACAGCUUUGCAAGUUUUUGAAAAUGUGCAAUUAACGAGUGGUAAACCUUUAACCGCUUUAUGAAACUGAUACAACUGUUAGGAGGUACAUGUGCCCACUGUUGUAACAGGGUAUACUGUUUUAGUGUGGAGCAGAAAUGAGGGGAAGAAAUUAUGGUUUUUAUACAAAAUGGCUUCUGAUAGUAUUGAGAUCAUUUCUUGGUACUGCAGGAAAACCAGAAACUUUACCGGUUGACUCAACUUUAUGGGGCAGCAUUCAGUGCUGCCUCCAAUUAAUUUGAACAGUCUAGAAUUGCGAUAAUAUGUCUGAUAUUUUGUAGAUUCAGAAUGAAGUGGCUAAGAUGUGAAUCUUUCCCUGUGGAAUACAUCUCUAACUCCUGCAGAAACUGAAAGCUAUAAUUGCCUUACUUCUAUGGAGCAAUGUCAUUUAUUAUUCAUCUUACAUGAAGUAAAUCUUACUUUCAUUUUGAGUGUAUAUACUGCAGGUUUUUUGGAAUUCCAGCAUAAUCCACCUCUGUGAUUUGGUAAAGAUGUAAAGCACCCCUGUCUUGGUCUAAAUUCAUAUUAGCAGUAAUUGUCCUAAGAUUAGUGUGAACUUAGCGAGGUAAAAGUGUUGCCUAUUCUAUUUUGAUUAUGUCAUCUGCAUUUCUGUUAAUGAAAGUAUGCAUUUUUAAUUAAAUUUAAAAAUCAUGCUUAAUUAAAAUUGAUCCCUCUGUUUUUCUAGUACAGUCAGUGAAUGAAUCUAUCCAUAUUUCCAAGAUUCAGCAUUUCUAAUCUGUUCAUAACUGAUUUCACAAAUCUUUUCAUGAUUUUUUAAAUUACUAAAAAUAACUUUCUUGCAUUGUAAAGUCUGAAGCAUGGCCUGUUUAAACUCAGUACACGCUUAAGAUAUUUUCAAUGCUACACAAUGUUGGAAGGUUCUUUUUAAAAUUAGGUUUUUUUUCUAAUGUGCAACAUAAUGCAGCAAAUAGUUUGUUUUGCUGUAGAUCAUUUUCCCAGUUUACCAGAUAAACUUCUUUCAGGAAAGAUGUUAUAAAAACAGUUAAAUUCCACUUCCUGUCCUGAUUCCAUUUCUGCCUGUCAGCAAGUAUUAACUUUCAUGACAAGAAUUCUGCUUGACUGUUCCAAUGUUUUUGCAUUUCCCCCUGGAUUAGUAAGGUACACUGCAUUGAUUUGAACUUAACUAGUCUCCAACCGUAGAUUUGGUUGUUGAAGUCUUGUAAAUUGUUUUAUUGUAAUUUCAUCUAAUCUUGGGUGGACUCUAUAGCUUGGUGGAAUGUUUUAGUGAAAGCCUAAAAUUGAAGAAUUUUCAGUAUCCAAGUUGCGCAAGUAUCAUUGCAUUAUAUUCAAGGUGAAGAUAAAAUUUAGAAUUCUGAAUGUCCUUGAAGCAAUGCAGAAAACAUAUUAAAAUUUAGAAUACUCAUCUGGGGGCCAUGUAAGUCAUUGUAAGCAGAGCUAGUCAAUCAGAUGGAAUGUGAAAACUGAUUCACCAUGUUGACAGAUACCUGGUAGUUCUACCCUGCUCAAGUCCCUGUGCAAAAAAACAAGUUUCACAGCGUCUCAUUUUAUUCUUUCAACUAGUUGAUCAGUGGCCAGAACCGAAUGUUGUGUUUGCCACCUUUCUAAGUUUAUCAAACAAUGUAGUCAGUUAGAUGGGUUUUUAUUCUUUAUUGGGAGUUUUCCGUGAAUUAUUUGUGAAAGAUAUGAGUACAGUUGUUUUUGGUGCGGUAGCUUUAGUUAAGGUAUUAGAAAACUGAACUCUAGUUCAGACUGAUGGGACUUUCUCUGGCUAUAAAGAAAUGACUGGGAGCCUAGAUUUUGGUCAAUGUGCAGAAUCACCCACAAAUUAGGUGGUGUAGUACUGUCAUCGGAUUGAUCUUCUAAAUACUAGAUGAGACCAUAAUUUGGGCCGGAGGCUUCAUGUGAGUGCCAAAGAUGGAUUUUUUUUUUUGCUAGAAUUGCAAAUGGCUGAAUGCUCCAUCUCUUUUGAGCCUUUGCCUUUACUAUAAUGCUCCAAUCAUUCCUUUUUUGACGAAAAGGACGCUUGAUCAUCUUGCUGUGUACUAGCAUGCAAAAUCUCACCAGGCUCAAAAAUUCCAAGUAGUAAAAUUUCAUCUUUAGGGGGCUAGUAUCUAAACUUGGCUGGAACCAUACUUCAUUUUGGUCCCAAUUCCAUCCUCACCUGGGAUUCUUUUCUCCUCUAUGACUUUACUGUUCCUGUUUCGGAACUCCAUACAACUGUGAGCAUAACGCUGUAACUUCUGCAACAAGGUAAAGAUAAUCAAAUUUCAGAGGCCUUAUGAUUUGUGUAUUAGCACAUAUGGCAGCGUUCUGGUGAACUUCCACAGUGGGUGCCAGUCAUAACUGAUGUUUAGAAGAUCUGAAAUGUUCAGUACCUCAAGUGAACUGGCAGGUAAGCCUUGAGCUAAUAGCUUAAGUACCAUGUAGUUCGCUGUUUUUAAUUUCCAAGAUGGUGCAUCAUAAAUGAGUUAAAUGCUUUUGUUCUACAUGCAGUGCGUUUUUCCUGUUUUAAGAGUUUUUUGUAUACAAGUAAUUACAAAAUAUCUUGUAAUCUUGCAUCCUAUAACAGCUUUGAAAAAUUAAAUUCUCUUCAAAGGAGGUGUUCUGCCCACAGACCUGGCUUGCAAUUUAACCAUUUUCUAAUAGCAAUGGAGAAAAUCUAGAAUAAACAUUCAAUACUUUCUGCAUGGAGAAAAGUCACUAUGGCAGCUAUAUUUUACAAAAUUAAAAUAGCAAAACUUUGUUUUUGUUUAAUGCAGAAUUAUUGAGUGUGCAUUAAAUUAGUUUAAAAGCAAUAAUGAAGGUUCAGAUAAAUGUUCAUGGGCAGUAAGAUUUUAAGCGUGCCAUUGUUUUACAGAAAUUGGUUAUACAACUUAACCAUUGUUUGACUGCAACACUCUGGCUCCAUAAGAGUGCACCACAAAGAAAUCCCCUAAUUCUCUUCUCUUAAUUUCAAUUUCGUUAUGAAGUAGUUUAACUCCAAUUUUUAUAUUUAACCACAUACCACUUGGUUACUGCAAACUUUUUGAAGCACCUUUCCACAUGCAGUGUUGUAUUAAAUAGUAUAAGAAGCUACAGAAGAGUGUUGCAUAAUUUUCAGAACUCCUGUCAUUUUCUUCAUUAGGUAAUGUUGCUGCUGAUUAGGACAAUCUUAUUUACAAGAUGUAUUGACCUUUUUGGUGGGGGGAGAAGAUUGAAUUGACAUGAUAAACUAAAAAUAUAAAAUUGAGUUGGUUUAGCAACUGAGUCCUCAUUGCACCGUGAUAUUCAACUUGAAUUGUAUGAAUACAAAAGCUGGCUUCUGAUUUGUGAAGUUAAAUCUGUCUGCAUUUUUAAAAAUUUGUAGAAUUUAGAUCUAUUUGCACUGUAGAUUUGCUGAAUUAUUUGUUCUUUGCUUCAGCUGUCAAAGCUCAUUCCAUUGUGUGCAAAGAUUUAGCUAUAGUUAACAUUUAAUGUGACUUGAAAUGUAUGUUCAGGUUUAUAUAUAAUCACUUGAAUUUUUUGAGAAUUGUAAAAAGACAUCUAGCUGUACUUGCACAUGAUUUGAAUUGAAUGCUUCAGAAUUGGUGUUCGGAUGGGAUAAGCUGGUUUACUUGAUAUGUGAUGUAGUUUAAAGUAUGUGUGACUUGUAACGAACUGAGACUAUAUUCUUGAAAUAAAUUGAUUAAAAUAUGGGUAAUUGAG